GAAAUGCAGCCUUUUACUAAUGCGACUUAUGUAAAUCUCUGACAAAACCAAAUUGCAUAACUUUCCCUGCAAAAGCUUCUUUGUCUCCACUUCGUUAUUUUUUAAGUAAGUGUCAUGUGUGCUUCAGGCCAGCAGUAAGUUGAUUAAUCCACCUAAACGUUAACCAGACGUGUUGUGGAUUCUGCAGGGAGCAAAGUGAAAAAGAUGGAGACAUUAGUCUUUUUAUUUUCCUUUUCUGCCCUUGGCAUCCUUUAUGCCAUGAACACAGUUUCAGAAUUUCAAGAGCCCUACGUGAUCUUGGCAAUCGGUGUUGCUGUGUUGGUGCUUGUGUUUCUCUUCUACUUCCUGAUCACCCGAGGCAACCCUCCAAAAGACGCCUUAUUCUUUGUGUUUGCUGAAUUUUCCUUUACCUGCAUUAUUGAUCUGACGAGUGCUUUGGAAUACGAUGGCAUUAUUUAUGGCUUCAUGGAAUUCUACCAGAAAAAAGGAGAGCCUUACCUGGGAACACCCUACGCCAUCAUGAUGUGUUACUGGGAUGGAAUAGCACACUUUAUUAUGUACCUGAUGAUGAUCAGCAGGAUUACAGACAGGAGAGCCUACUGUACCCUUGGCUUGUUCUGGGCUGGCUCUUUGUGUGCCAACAUGAGUGUAUUUAUUGCUGGCAUAGUGGCAGGCAAAUAUGGGUCAGACAUCCGCCCGGCCUUCUGGCUCAACUUUUUUUUUCUCUUCGUGCCUAUUUGGGGAGCCAUCACACUGUUCACCAGGCCCAAGGACAGACCAUUGAUUGGUGGAUACAAUGCUCAACACGCUCAGACGAUGAGGCUGAUCUGGCGCCCCUUAGAUCUGAUUCUGGUGCUGCUCCUAUUAGCUGCCAUCGUUUUCACUGUCCUCAGAGGUUUGGUAGCUCUGGAUUCUCCACUAGAAGUCUGUUCCGUCUACCUGAAUCAGUAUGAGCCGUACCUGAAGGAUCCUGUGGGCUACCCCAGAGUUAUGAUGCUCCACUUUUUCUUCUAUGGCCUACCCCUGUUGGGAGCUUUUGUUUAUGGAUUGAUAAGGCCUGGGUGCACAUGGAUGCCAGAUUGGACUGUAUUUUUUGCAGGAGCCAUGAUCCAGUGUCAGUGGGCGCAUGUCGGUGCAUCGCUCCAUCCUCACACGGCGCCUCCUUUCCGUAUCCCCGAUGACGUGUUCUGGUCCGUGCUGGCGGCUAAUGUCCUCUACGCAGCCACUCCCAUCCUCGUGGCCAUGAGGGUUCGCAGUAACCCCUAUUUCUUCCUGAAGAUUGCCCCCUUCCCUGGGCAGACAGGGUUGCCAAACAGUGAGGAGAAAGACACCAAAUACAAAGACAAGUGAUGAUUCACAGUCUUCUCUGGCAUGUGGAAUUACUCACUUUUCUCAUGAUUCACAGAGUAUUUUUCAUGAAAGCAACAU